AUGGAUAGUGAGGAGAGCUUGUUGGUUUUGGUCCACUGUUCUGGUAAAAUAAAAAAAAGUAAUAGGCAUGGUGUUAAGUUCACUGAUAAAGAACCGCUAAGCGUUUUUAUCCGUUCGACUGAUACUUUGUCGGAUCUAAAGAGGAACAUAUUGCAGAAGGCAGGGUUGUGUGGGGCCAAGUUGGUGAAGAAUGUGUUCUACAAGAUUCCGAUGACGGUUGUGUCAAGUGGUGUGCAGUAUGAAACAUUUGUGAUAGGGUCAGAUAAAGACAUGGAUGUCUUAUUUCAUUGUCGGCAGAGUUUUUUAGAGUUCCAGGACUUCAGCGCCAAAUUCUUAGUCGACGAUGGUGGAGAUGCUUCUACUUCGAUGCCUGUCGUUGCACCUGGUUGUCUCUUAGCUGCACCUUCACUUGUUCUAGCACUGGCAGCUAGGUCAGCUGGUUUGAUUACUGGUCUUGUUGGUAGUGAUGAGCCGGAUCACAUUGAGGACGCGAUGCGAGAAGAUGAUUCGGACGAUGAACCCGAUCACAUAUCGGGGGAUAGUGAGGAGGAGACUCCGAUGGCCCCGCCUGCACCUCAGGGCCCAUCGAGUUCUGGGUCCCACCAACAACCGCCAUAUUUCUUGACACUGAACUUGGAAGAAGUGAGUCAACAACCGGACGAGGCACACACCUUCGGAGGCCAAGGAUUACACGAGGGCAAUACUUUUGGGAAAUUUCAGAUUGGCCAAUCUUUCCAGACUAAGGAGGAAGCUGUGAUGAGUGUUAAGGAUUAUAGCAUUCGUCGUGGAGUUCAAUAUCGGGUUAUGGAAUCAGAUCAUCUGAAGUAUGUUGGAAGAUGCAAGGAGUUUGGAAACGGCUACAUGUGGAUGAUCUGCGUGGCACUUCAGCAGCGCAAGGCUAACUGGGAGAUUAGAAGGUACAACAGAGCUCACACUUGUCUGGCCACUUCGAUUUCGAGCAACCACCGACAGCUCGAUUACCACGUAAUUUGUGCGAGGAUCUAUCCAUUGGUUAGAGCGGAUGCAGCGGUUAUGAUAAAGGUGUUGCAAGAAGUUACUCAGUCAACCUAUGGAUUCAGGCCUAGUUAUAGGAAGGUGUGGAAGGUAAAGCAGAAGGCAGUCGCAUAG